AACCACAUACUGAGUUACUCACCAAAGAUGAGACUGAAGAGACGACUGUACGGAAUUAACACGGUUUCCUUAUAUUUAAGAUUCCCUUCAACUAUAAUUUUCUUUCUUUCUCUGUCCAAGUAUAAAAAGGCUGUACACAACCGAAAACCUUGUAGGAGUCAUAAUUAGAAGUUUCAUGUCGUCUUUACAGUCUCAACCUUUGUAGGUAACCGUGUAUUAUUAUAGUUAGGAAAAAAAUUUGUAAAUUAAAAUUGUUUAAAAUUGAUCUGAGAUUUAUUUAACACUUUAGCCUUGUAUACAUGCAAAAAUUUAGUAUUGAUUGGUUUAAAUAGUGUACUAAAAGCUCAAGUUUCCUAUGCAAAGAUGAGUUUACCAAAUUUUCUUUUCUCUAAAUUUAGAGUUUAAAUAUUGUAAAAUAUAUAAUUAUAUGUAAGCUGGCAUUGCGUCAAUGUUCCAGAUCUAUAUUUUUGUGAUGAAUUUAGUAUAUUUUGCAUUUUCAAUAUUUUCAGAAGACAUGUCGGCGCUCAAGACUUUCCGUGUGAAAGUUAAACUUUCCAAGAAGAUGAAGCAGAACAGACCGAUCCCACAGUGGAUUAGGAUGAAGACUGGAAACACUAUCCGGUAUAACGCCAAGAGGAGACACUGGAGGAGGACAAAGCUGAAGCUGUAAACAUAUUCAACCCCGACAUAGAGUGGAGAAAUCCGCGACUGGACGAGAUUUAGUGGAUUUCUCAAAGAAAUUCUUGCGGAUAUCAGAUUCGCAUAUUUUAUUUUUGAAAUGCCGCAAUCGUUAAGUUACACCGAUUUCUUCUCUUUAUUAUAUAUUCAUGUACUGAAUUUACUUAAACGGAAUUUAAUACUGAAUAAAUUCGUCAACUCUCUUCUAAUUCAGUUCAAUAAUUAAAACUGAUGUGAAACGACUUAAUGUUAGUAGAUCUUGAUGGAAAAUGGAAAAUGGAUUGAAUGAAGAAUCUGAUUGGAAUGGAUUCCAACAAUCUCUUGAGGAAAGUAUUAAAAGUUUUCGGAGUGUUUCUUUGAUUGAGCCAGUAGUUGGCCAUGAUGACCAUAGCACUAACGAUCGGGAUGUAUUUUUCGACUCUUCGAGUAAACUCUGUCCUAUACAGGCACUGCUAGAGUACAACCGGAAAGAUGAAGAGAAUGUUAAGAACAGAAUUGCAGAAGCUUACAGUUCUCAACUACACCAGAUUCAGCACUCUUAUAAUUUUCCUUAUUUGGGAAGAAGGCUGGUUCCUGUCAUCCCGUGUCCUACUGCAGCCUAUUCAUCUAGUCGUUUGAACAUAUUUCAAGAAGGACAGGCAUUACAAAUAAGCAAUACAACUGCUUCCGCUAAUCCAUAUUCUGCCACAGAAUUGAAUCGGUAUGAUGUUGCACAUGCUUAUCAUAACAUCCCUUCCAUGUUAACACCCCCUCCUCAGAUCCUAGCUGGAGGAUGUACCAACCUGAUUGGAACAGCCGUCUCUCUCCUUCCCGUCGUCCAUCCGUCCUCCUACCAGAAGUCUGAGUACUGGACCAAAUACUUGGAGGAGAAAGCAGCUGAAAGGAAACCUAGAUACGAUAAGUCGGAAUUUAGGACAACGUACAUAGAAGAUAAGAAGCGGAAUGUCUCAGGAAAAGAUUCCUUUGAAGUGAUCUGUGAGUAUUGCCCGAGUCCUUUUCCUUAUAAUCAGGAGGACCCUGAAAGUGUUGAGAUUCAUGCAAGCAGGCAUGGAGUAACCAAGUUUCAAUGUGCUGGGUGUGGAAUCAAACUUGACGAAUAUGCGCAGAUGGAGACACAUAUUGAGAAGGAUCAUGUUGGAGCUGAUGAUGAGCUUGUGAAGGCCAGUAUCCUGGUCCCCAGCAGCCUGGAGUACCUCAAGAUAUAUCAGUGUGGGAUCAGAUCCUGUGGUAGAAGGUUUAUAGCCCAGCCUGAAUCCUCGCUACGAAAGCAUAUAAGAAACACGCAUGGAGAGUUCUACAUUCAUAUGGGGAAAGGACGGAAUAUCUUGCGGAUUUGCAGGCUCUGCCCAAACGGCCCUCACUACGCCACAGAUCUCGAGCUUUGUGAACAUCUGUUUACAGCACAUCCUCCUUCUUUGUACGCAAAUGCUGAGUGUCAAUCCAUUCUUCCCGGAUCAAAGAAGAUUCCUGUUCUUGUAAACCGACAUCCCCAGCCUCGCAGGCCAGCCUCUUCAUCAGAUGGAUGGAUGGUAAGGAUGAAAGACAAAUUGUUCGUAAGCCACCAAUUAUACAAAGGCGGGAAGUUUGAAAGACUGUUGAAAACUAGAGACACACAGGAGAAGCCGGGUGAAGAUCAAGUGAACACGGGUAAAGAAGAUGCUAGUCCGGAUGAUAAAGAAACUGCUCCGGAUGAUCAAGAUGAGAAUCCGGUUGAUGAAUGUAGAAUAAAGGAUCCUGAAGAAAUUGCAAAGAAAAGAACAGGAUCGAAGUCUGGGUCUUGUUCUGAGAAGAAAAGAAAGGAUUCAAGAAUGUCCCGAAAGGAGAAAUAUGAACAAGAGAAUUCUAAACCAACCAAGAUGAAGAAGAAAAAGAUUAAAAAGAGGAAAAAGAGGAAAAGGUCGGAAUCCUCCCCCUGCUCUACUUUGAGGAAAAGAAAGAAAAUAAGAAGAACUGACCCGGACGAAAAGCCCAAAAAGAGAAAGAAGAAAAGAAGUGAACAAAAGAACAACGACCCUUGUAUGGAGAGUACAGACUCAUUGUACUGUUAUUCUUGCGAAAUGAAAACACUAGACUGGAGUUCUCAUAAAUACAGUUUUCAACAUGUUAAAAACGAAAAGAAGGCAAGAUGUCUGUUCUGCCCUCAAAGAGUUUGGUUUCCAAAUCUGAAGACGCAUAUUCGAGAAUCUCACAGAGGAGCUAGCUUCGUUUGUAACGCUUCUGAUACUUGCUUCAUACGUCUGAUGGACUUAUCUAAGAUAGUAGAUCACAUUAAUACUAAACACAGGAAGGAACUUGAACCCUUGCAUAAGAUGAUUGGACAGACUGGAUUUAUUUCUCCUCAUCUCCUGACCAAACACGGGCUCAUGAUCCUACCUGCGGAUCUCAGGAAGCUUAGCUGCAGAAUUUGCAGUCAACACUAUCUGGGACAAGGAAUGAAUUCAGUAGCAAGACAUUUUGAGCAGGAGCACGCAGAUGUAAAGAGUUGUGAUUAUGCGCACUCAAUACUGUUUGAGUGCCGAGGUUGUGAUGGUUUGCUCUUCGGUUCAGAAUCAUUUCUUAAGGAACAUGUUAAGGAAAUUCAUUCUCUUGGAGGAUUUAAACCUGGACCAGUCGAUUUAUCUGAUGAAGAAGAACAGGAAAGAUCUAAGAACAAAUUCAGUGGCAGACUUGGUGCUAGAAUUGGUUGGGAAAGAGUCCAGGAUUUCCAUGGUUCAAAAUCAUCAUUUUCCCGUGUAAAAUGUUGGAGAAGGAUGGACAGUUGGAGAAAAGUUGAACCUCAAACAAAUGCUGAAAGUGUUUGGUGUCUUUUGCCAAAGCCUUGUAUAGAAGAAAAUUACCAAGAAUUAAAGUUGACAGAAGAACUUGAAGAAGAUUGUGAAAAUAAAAUUAAGGAGAAGCAUGUAGAUGUAGAAGAAAAUUGUGAAGAGGUUAUUAGUAGAUCUUCUAAUCCUGAGGAACUUAAUUGGAGCAAUGCUUCUGAUCUUGAUUAUCAGGAGAAUAAAGUGAGACCUGUUGGAGCUCGAGAGUCAGAAAAUCAAGAAAAUCAUGUUUUUCCGUGUAAACCACUCCAACAUCAGGAACCCUGUCUCUUUUGUAAUAAAACAUUGCCCGAAAACAGACUAGAGAAUCACUUUCAGCGUAAACAUGGGAAUCUUCUGUUCAGUUGUGAUAACUUCUGCUGUGAACAAUUUCAAUCACCUUGGAUAUCAGAGGUGAUCACUCACCUGAAAGUGCAACAUGACAGACUGGAGUCUGAUGAUAUUCUUAGCCGACACUACAUCAGGAUUCCAACCAACUUACAGUUAAUAGUCUGCAAGGUCCAGGAUUGUGAUGAGGCUGUAUUUUUGGCACGGUCAACCGAAGAGGUCAUGUCAGCUCUGAAGACACAUCAACUAUCUGUUCAUCCAAAUAGAGACAUCAGUGCCUGCUUCAGUCUAACUUGCAGGUUCUGUGGCUCUACUUUCAAUUAUGAUGAAGAGAAAGAAUGGUCUAAACACAUAGCAUUUGACCACAGAGAUUUAAAUUUUUCAAAGCUUUGCUUUGAAUUAAGCUUAUCAGUACUUUCCAGAGAACCUAACAGGUGUGAAAGUCAGAAUAAAGAGGAAACUGAUAAGAGCUUGAAUGUGGAUGAACCCUCUGACAUCAGUUCUGAUGAGAAUACAUCAAAAUCAGAGCCUCAGAGCAGCUGUAGUGAUAUCAAACAGAAGGAGGAAAGAAUGUAUGUUUCAAGAAUAAACCUAGAUAAAUCUCUGGGUGAAGAUGAGUACACUGAAGAUAAAGAAGGCCACACAGAGAAUGAAGAUGAUCCUCACACUGAAAUGGAUGUUCUCCCAUCAAAACAGGAGAUUUGUCCUUUUUGUUUGGAUAUACUCUCAGGGGACAAGUUGAUCCAACAUAUACUUCAGGAACAUGAAAAUAACCUGUUCUGUUGUCCUAUGUGUUCCGAUAAUGAUAGGUUCAGGACUUGGACUAUUCUAGCUAUGAAAAAUCAUUACUUGCAGGUCCACCCGGGGGUUCUUCUUAAUCCUAGAGCUCUGAAUUUAGAGAAUGUUGAGAUGAAGAUGAGCAUUUGUAAAAUAUGCAAGAUGAAAAUAUUAACUGGAGAUGCUGUUAUUCUUGCCACUCAUCUAUUAGAUCAUGACCUAGGCCCAGACACAUCACAAUUUAAAAAUUGUUGCAGGAUUUGUUGCUUGUAUUCUGAAUCUGAUGCGGAAGAAAAAGAGUGCUUUGGGAAUCAUUACUGUAAAGAAGGAAAUGAAUUGGAAACUAGUAUUACUGAAAGCGUAUUUAAAGAUACUAUUGAAGUUAUCAAAGAAAAUAGAAAUUUACACCUGGGUCCUUCACCAAGUGGGAAUGUUAAAAUGUCUGCACAGAAUAGAAGGAAAGUUUGUCCAGAAAGCAAGGAGGUUCUCAAGAAAGAUGUUGUCGACUGUGAGCAUUGUGAUGAGAAAAUAGAGACAUCCAAUGUUGAUUUCCACACACUAACACAGCACAAGAAAAGCUGUUUUAGAUGCACCCAGUGUCAAAGGAAUUUUAAAAGCAAGAUUGAAAAGAUUGAUGUUCCUGCUUGCUUUCAAACCAUACAGGAUGCAGGUAUGCAUCAUGAAGAAGUGCAUGGAGUGGACAUAACAACAAAGUUGUUUGGGUCUACUUCUCAAGAUACUUCUACCUGUCAAGUCUAUCCUAUUCUUAAGUCAGAAGUUCCAACAUUAUCCCUUCCAUCUUGUUACUACAUGUACAACUGCCUAACCUGUGGUAGAGAUCUUCUGACAGCGAAACUGGCCAAAUCUCACUUUAGUCGGAUAAAUCAGUCAGAAAGAAAAGAGUGUGAAAUCACAGGAAUACUAACUAAAUGUAGAUUUUGUCUCAGGGUUUUAAAGGAAACUGUGAAUGAUCGGCACAUCAUUAAAUAUAACAAAUAAAACGUUGAUCUUCAUGGCUUCAGUAUACAGAACGUUGUAUCUGCUGCUGUACUGUAGUUCACAUAUAUACAUACUUUUCUUCAGAAAACUACAUGGUGGAGGAAAAAAUGAAUUACUUAAAACGUUCCUUUUUAUUGUAAUAAUUAAUUGUAUAUGUUAUGUUUGUUAUUGAGUACUUUUUAUUUAUAAUCAAAAAUCCAUGCUAAAAUGAACUGAGAAAGAAAUACACAACUUGUUAUCUAAUAAUUAAUAUUUCUUUGUAUUUAUUGAUUGACGCUUCUUUGGUUUAACACCCUACGCGGCAUUCUAAAACUAUUUUCGCGGGAUUUAAUAUUUUCGUGUUUUGCUAUUGGCUUCAUUUACAAAGCUGUCCAAAGAAUUUGAAAUUCUCGUUUACUUUUUAGUUUAUGAUAAAUUUGUAAUGAUUUUAAAUUCUAUUUUUUUCAGAAAA